AGAAGAAAGGAAAGAAAUGGCACCGGUCGGACUACCUCCUGGUUUUAGGUUCCAUCCGACCGACGAAGAGCUUGUGAAUUAUUAUCUCAAGAGGAAAAUCAACGGCCAAGAAAUCGAACUUGACAUUAUUCCUGAGGUUGAUCUCUACAAAUGCGAACCAUGGGAGUUAGCAGAAAAAUCAUUUUUACCAAGUAGAGACCCAGAAUGGUACUUCUUUGGACCCCGGGAUCGAAAAUACCCAAAUGGAUUUAGAACAAAUAGAGCAACUCGAGCUGGAUAUUGGAAGUCGACUGGAAAGGACAGAAGGGUUACAUGCCAGAGCCGACCCAUUGGAAUGAAGAAGACGUUGGUUUACUACAGAGGACGAGCGCCUCAGGGGAUUAGAACUGACUGGGUUAUGCAUGAAUAUCGCCUUGACGACAAGGAAUGUGAGGACCCCUCCGGAAUUCAGGAUACGUAUGCGCUUUGUCGCGUGUUCAAGAAAAAUGGAAUCUGUUCUGAAGUAGAAGAGCAAGGGCAAUGUAGUUUAUCAUUACUUGAGAGCUCACAGGGUGUAAUAAAUGAGUAUGAAACCAUGUCUCCAGAUGUUACCAUGGCAUCAUCAUCAUGCUUGGAUGAGGAAGACAAAGAUGAUUCGUGGAUGCAGUUCAUCACAGACGAUGCAUGGUGUUCUUCUAACGCAGCUGUGGGUGGUGGUGGUGGUGAAGAAGUCUCUCGCGUGGCAUUCACAAAUUAAACCAUCUAGUAGCAUGCACGAUUGGAGGCCAAUAACAUUAAAAAAGAAAAUAUUGGAUAUAAUAAGACACUAUUCGAAAACAGUUUCUAAGAUUUUUCAAUUUUCAUAUGUAGAUUAAUUAUCUCUAAUUGAAUUUGAUGGUUUGGUUGGGUUGCUUCAAUAGGGUCAAUUUAUCGGAUGACUCUAUGGAGAGUUUUUUUUUUUUUUUUUUAAUUUUUUUUUUUCUCUUGAGAUUUGCCUCUUCUUCGUGGCAAUUUGGGUGUUACUUGUGGAAUAAAAGGACAUAAGUGUUACUUA